AUGCUCACUCUCUGCGCUUAUUCCUUCCAAUCGCCGGCGACCCGCAUCGCGCCGGCCGGACGGCACGCCUCCAUCGCCAUGGCGACGCCCAACGCGGCGCCCAUCUACGACGGCGAGUACGCCGCCGAGCUGCGCGAGACGGCGUCGGCGAUGGUGGCGCCGGGCAAGGGUCUGCUUGCCUGCGACGAGUCCACCGGCACCGUCGGCACACGGCUCGAGAGCAUCGGCCUCGAGAACAACGAGGCCAACCGCCAAAAGUGGCGCAACCUCCUCUUCACCACGAAGGGCAUUGGGCAGUACAUCUCGGGCGCGAUUCUCUUCGAGGCGAGAGCUCAAGGCUGGCCCUCCCACCCACCAGAGGGCAAAGCGAACGCGCCGCGCCCCGCUCUGCCACCGCAGGAGACGCUCUUCCAGGACGACCCGGCCGGCAAGCCCUUCGUCGAC